UUGUGUUCUAACCUAAUCUACGUAGUCACUAAAUAAUACACGUCAUACAUUGUCAGUGAAUUAUACUUAUUUAUGUGCAUAAUCUGAUAAUAUAUUAAUUGUAGUAUUAAUAUAAGAAUUAUAAAAAUGUCGGAUGUGAGAAAUUGGUUUAAUUCUUUACCAAUUUUCACAAGAUAUUGGCUAUUAUGUACAGUAGUUUGUACAUUAGUAGGAAGAUUCGGACUAAUAAAUCCGACCUCACUAAUACUUAUAAAUGAUCGCUUCAUAAACAAUUUUGAAAUUUGGAGAGCAGCAACCAGUGUUUUUUUCUAUCCUCUUAAUCCAAGUACAGGCUUUCAUUUUUUGAUUAAUUGUUAUUUCUUAUAUAAUUAUUCGCUGAGGUUAGAACGUGGAGAAUAUGAUGGAAGGCCAGCAGAUUAUUGUUUUUUACUCUUAUUUAAUUGGAUGUGCUGCGUUAUUAUAGGACUUAUUGGUGAAUUUCAUUUUCUUAUGGAUCCUAUGGUACUUAGCAUAUUAUAUGUUUGGUGUCAAUUAAAUAAAGAUGCUACUGUUAAUUUCUGGUUUGGUACAUCAUUUAAAGCAAUAUAUUUCCCAUGGGUAUUGUUUGCGUUUAAUCUUAUUAUAUCUGGAGGUGGUAUGAUGGAACUUUUUGGUAUUUUAGUGGGACAUCUUUAUGUAUUUUUAAAAUUUAAAUAUCCUCAAGAACUUGGUGGACUUGAGCUUUUGAAUACUCCAAAAAUUCUUGAAUCUUAUUUUCCACCUCAAAGAGGUAAUAUUAGAUGGUUUGGAUCUGUACCUAUACAAAGAUCGCAGAUUCAACAUACUAGAAAUACAUUUGGUGGUCAUAAUUGGGGACGAGGAUAUGUCUUAGGAGAAUAAAUUGUUAAUUUUAUUAUGAAAAAAUGAUAUUAAAUUUUUUUCCAUUAUUAUUUUCAUUCAAUUAAUUUUAUUAAAACAUAUAUAAAAAAAUAUAUAAGUAAUUUUGUUUUUAUAAUAUAUCUUCAAAAAUUUAUUAAAAAUAAAUACACUUAAUAUA